GGCUUACAGAGACUCUACUGUAUGUCGGACUGUCCCGCCUCCCUACACCUUCUCUAUUCCUAUUGGAUACUGUCCCGAACGCCCCUUUGUCUCAUUGGUCCACCAUAUGGCACUCACAUCCGACGCGGAACUGCACGAGGAAGCGGUAGACAAUAACAAGAGAUAGCCGUAUUACUACGGUGUUAAAAUCCUAUUUACGGAUGCUGUGGUAGUCUCACAAGGUAAAAUCAGUCAUAUUUUUUUGAUGCGGGUCCUUCUGUAGUCCGAUUUGGUCUCACAAACCGGUAAAAUCGUAGUUAAACGGCUAAUGUUCCUAGAAAGCCUGAGCUGCAGGUAACUAGCCUACGCCCCUGCGUCACAGAGUCAGUGGGUAAGGAAGGCUGCAGGUCUGUCAGGUCAGGGCUUUCAUUUAACCACAAAAACUAGCUGCUACUUUGAUCCACAUCCUCUUUGUCUAUUUAUGGGCAGAGUUUAGUUAUAAGCUACAGCCGAUCUUUGACUGUGAGCCACAGUUUUCUUCAAACUAAAGGCAGGCCCAGUGUAACGUUAUGUGAAGUUGCUAAGCAGCGUGUUGGUCACGCCUCGUUUUUACCUUAUGUUAAUCCAUUUAAUUCACAAAAACGAUCAGCAAUCGAUUCAAACACUGACAAGUCUUUAUUGUCGCUCUAGCGUCCAUGUGAAUGGGAAGUCUCAAAUUGUGACAAGACUCCUAAAGUGGCUCCUGGGGGCCUCUGAGUCAGGUUUCUGUGGAGAUGGACCCAGUAAACAGGAAAACGAUCUCUUUAAAAACAGGAUUACCUGUUUUUUAAAUCUUAUAUUAUAUCUUAUAUUAUUUUUGUUUAUAUAUCUUGCUGAAAGUCACGUCAGUGUCUGUUAGCUUUAUUCUGGGCUUGGCUUUUACCUGAUUUCUAAAACCAAGCCAUGAAGCAUUACGUUUUGGUCCAUAACAUUUUUUUUCUAAAGCAGAUGUCCUUAUCAAUACAUCUUAUUCAUUCAGUUUUCCCUUACAUAAAAAGUUAAUUUGAGUGGCUUUCAUGGAUCUCAGUUAAACAUGUAUCCUGAAAGUUGUGAAAGUGAAACCCUGAUUGACCAUUUGAUUAAUUUAGGAUGAAAACAGAAACAGUUUUUAUGGAACAAAAGAAGAGAAUCAUGUCCAAAAUCAAAAAAUACUCAGCCCAACAUCAUGAGGGGAAAAGAGGCAAAUACACAAAUGUGAGAUGCUUCAGGAAAUUAUUUAAUAUACAGAAAAUGUAAUAGAAUAAAAUACACAGAAGAUAUAUCCCUACAUUUCUGAUUGACCAUUCCAAUGUGAAUUUGUAAAGUUAUAAUUUAGGUCAUUUUUGCCUUUAUUUGAUAAGACGUCUGAAAAGUGACAAAAAAUAUAGGGAGUAAAGAGUGAGGGAAAGCAAAAGGCUGUGGCCUGGGAUUGAGCGUGCAACUGCUGCAACAGGGACUAAAGCCUCUACAUAUGGGGCCCUUGGACUACAAGACUGUUGGUGUCCCCUUUGCGAUUUUAUGACACAUAAUUACUCAGGGUUGUGUUCAAGUCAGUUUUCCCCUUUGUCUAUUAUACCUCAAAGUUUCCCUAAGUGCCCACAAUUUUGACCAAAUAUUUUUUAUAAUAUCAGGACCAAGCAAAAAUACUUGAAUGCUGUGCAUUUUUGCUGAAAUUAAGCCCUCAAAUUUCCUUUUUGAACAUGACCCCGGUAUUAAGAUUAGCUAGACAAGGCAAAGACAAUCACAUUUUGCAAGAAGCUGAAAUCAGAUCAGUAACACUCACUAUCGGGACAGUUGAGAACCUGUUUGUCAGCAUUGCAAAACACAUCUCACUUUUCUAUCACGUGUCCCUUUACAGAAUAAUGUCAGCUAAGGAGGCUGGAGAUGGUAAAAAUGGCCAACCUGUGGCCAUACUGCCUGAAAGAAUGACAGAGAGCAGAGAAAGUCAGAACCAGCACCGAGUCGAGGCAACAGGGGGCGCAACAGACACCAGCACAGCAGCAAAAAACUUGGCUCUACUUAAAGCCCACUCUCUGGAUGUGAAGUUUGAUGUUGGAGAAGAGUAUGAGGUUAUAGAAACCAUCGGCACCGGAGCCUAUGGGGUUGUUUCAUCUGCCAGGAGGAGGGACAAUGGUGAGGCUGAUGAGAUGAUGAUAUAACAUACGAUGAAAGGUUAAAUGAAGAAAUCUUGCCAUCUUAACUCAGUUGCACUUCAUUACUUUCUCUUGUAUUUGGGUGUUUUAAUAUUCACAGGCCAGCAGGUGGCGAUAAAGAAGAUCUCCAAUGCUUUUGAAGUGGUGACAAAUGCCAAACGCACUCUGCGAGAACUGAAGAUUCUGAAGCACUUCAAACAUGACAACAUAAUUGCCAUCAAAGACAUCCUGCAGCCAAACCUCCCUCACUCAGCCUUCAAGUCUGUGUAUGUACUUUUUUCCCUUUAUCACUCUGGUGACAAAUAGCUCAGGCUUAAGGUUCCCUUUUCGCAAGAAAACUCUGUAAAACUCUGUGCACCCACUGAUUCCAAGAAGCCUCCUGAAGCGUCACAAAAUUAAUCAGAAUUUCAAGUAAGAUACUUCGUUUUUUCAACCACAUGACUUUUUACUCAUGUCUAUUGUUACAUUAAGAACAAAAGAAGCUUUUGGUAGUUGUAAUUAAUAAUAAUACACUUCCAUGGCAGCAGAUUUUUCUCAGUCUCCUUACAGGAUGAGCUAGCAUGAAACUUAACAUUUUAAUUUACAGAUAAGUAAAAAUAUUAUUAUACUUAGCUGUUAUAAAUUACAGUAUAUAAACAUUUUCAGUCAAGGUAACAACAGUCAAGGUGAAUUUAAGGUGAAAAAUGUCAGUAUUAUCACUACAUACCACAUGUACUUACCUGACUUAUAUUUACCUGACUUGUACCUGGCUUGUGCUCCACCCUUUCCUAUAACUGACACUCCAAACCUCCCGAGCAGUUAUAGAGAGAUGAACAUUGUUGCUUAAGUGUCAACAGGCAGUGAUGAAACAUGCCAAUCAGGUUGUCUCGGGCUUUGCUUUCUCUGUUCAAUGUCAAUGCUCACUUUCCCUCUUCUUGUGUGUGCAGGUACGUGGUGCUAGACCUCAUGGAGAGUGACUUGCACCAGAUCAUUCACUCUGCCCAAACACUCACCUCAGAGCACACCCGCUACUUCCUGUACCAGCUCCUACGUGGCCUUAAAUAUGUGCACUCUGCCAACGUCAUCCAUCGCGACCUCAAACCCUCCAACCUGUUGGUGAAUGAGAACUGUGAGCUGAAAAUUGGGGACUUUGGUAUGGCGAGGGGUCUAAGCUCCCACCCCGAGGAAUCUCAUUCCUUUAUGACUGAAUAUGUGGCGACUCGGUGGUACCGUGCUCCUGAGCUCCUCCUGUCUCUGAAUCACUACAGUUUGGCCAUUGACCUGUGGUCUGUUGGCUGCAUCUUUGCAGAAAUGCUGGGUCGAAAGCAGCUUUUUCCUGGAAAGCAUUAUGUCCACCAGCUUCAGCUCAUUUUGUCAGUGUUAGGAACUCCUCCCGACGGGUUGAUUGGUGCUAUAAGAGCUGACCGAGUUCGCUCCUAUGUUCAGAGUCUUCCCUCACGGACCCCUGUGCCUUUGGCGAAACUUUAUCCACAGGCUGAGCCAGAGGCUUUGGAUCUGCUGGGGGCCAUGUUGCGCUUUGACCCCCGGGAGCGAAUCAGCGUGACACAAGCGCUCGAGCACAGCUACCUGGCCAAGUACCAUGACCCAGAUGAUGAGCCAAUCUGCGUGCCAGCUUUCGACUUUGAAUUUGACAAGCUUCCCCUGAACAAGGAGCAAAUUAAAGAGGCAAUCCUGAUGGAGAUCCAGGACUUUCAUCAAAAUAAACAGAGCAGUCGCCCAAGAGUGCAGUUCAGGCCCCUGGCGAGGGCAAACGUCAGAGCCUCGGCACAAAGCAGCAACCAGCAUGAUGCUCAGCCCUCCACAGUGAACAUGAGUAAAUCAACUCUGGUUCCAAUGACACAACAUUCACAAGCAGCACAGAUACAACAGCAGCAGCAACAAAUGAGAAAAGUGAAACCUCAACAGCAACAAGAUCUACCACCAGCAGAGGAGAACCACACCUUUUUAGAUCAGAUGCACACCUUCACUGAGCCAGAAGUCGCCCCGUCUACUGUGACCCAUAAUCUGCCUCCCCUUUCCAAAAGUGAAGCAGGCCCAGUUGAUGUUGACAUGCCAAGUGCCAACUCAGACAGCGGUCAGCCAGAGACCAUCGACCUAACAACACCAGUGACGGGUCAGGACACAGCACCAGAAACAAUGAGAGACAGUGAGGUUACAGAGCAGCUAACCAGCAGUCAGGCACCUCUUACUCAGCCCACCCAGAGCCAGUCCAUGACCCAGGCACCCACCUCCAUUCCUGCAACGCCAGCACCCACAAUGACACCCCUUCCCACUACUGUGCCUUCUCUUUCUCUCUCUGCGGCACAGGUACAGUCACUGUCUCAUUCCCUCUCACAGUCCCUGUCCAAGACUGCCAUGCCUCCUUCAGGAGCAGGAGAGGGAGCCAGGAAAGAAGGAGCGAUUUCAGAGGAUACUAAAGCUGCACUUCGAGCUGCUUUAUUGAAAUCAGCUCUUAGAAACAAAGCAAGAGGUGGUAAAUUUGUUGAUUUCAAACAUCUACUCAUUAUUCUAUGACAUUUGAUAAACCAGCUUUAUCUUCAUUUUGUAUCCUCUUUGCAGAUGGAGGCACUUCUGCUCUGGGCAUUGACUCUGUUGCAGGAGGAGGCAUAUCCUCCUCGCUGUCUUCUGCCUCAGAGUCACGUCGGCCUGUCACAGCCCAGGAGCGUCAACGAGAAAGAGAAGAAAAAAGAAGGAAGAGGCAGGAACGAGCGCGAGAGCGGGAGAGGAAAAUGAAGGAAAAGGAGAGAAGAGAGGGGAAGCUGGGGGACUCCCUUGGAGGGGUCCUCCUGAGUGACAAUGACAAGAGUCUGCUGCAGCGUUGGACCCAAAUGAUGGACAGAUGCAAUGACAAACCUCCGAUUACUAAUCACGAAGGAGCCAAGAAUAAAGAAUGUAACAUAAGCUUGCAUAGGGGCGUUGGGAUUGGUGAUAACACUCAAUCUGCUCUAAACGUUAAAACAGACAAAGAGGCAAUGAAGGUUCAGCCCCAUGAACAUUUAAUUUCUCAAGUCAAACCAAACCAGCCAGGCUUGUUUCAACCUCCGAGCAACCAGCAGUCUUCAGUACUUUUCCCCGUGAGCCAGAGGAAGUCUCAAGCGGAUAUAGUCGUUUCUGUAAGUGGAGGGCUAGAUAUAAUGACCGUCACUGGUGGCUUUGUUAAGAACAACACUCUUAAACCUCACAGCGAGAGCAACGGACAGAGUGGCUUCAACUGUUUGGGGAAUUGGAGCAGGCAACAAUUAGAGGCAAGGCCGCAGCAACCGCAGCCAAACAGAAAAUCACCGCCUCAAACAUCAAGCUUUCUUCAGCCACAGCUUCAACCUCAGCCCGACCCUCAGCCUCCGUCCCAGCUCAUCCCUCUGGAGAGUCUUCUGACCAAAGCUCCAGCUGGAGAGAAGAAGGGAAACGAGGAUGUCGGAUGCCAAAGUAACCUCAACCCCCACCCCAACCCACCCACUUCAGGUGCCGGUCCGAUGGAGAAACUGUGUCCCUCUGUAGGAGAAAAAUCUGGACCACAGACUACAAACUCUCUUUGUGGGGCUUUAGAGGUCCCCGCACAGCCUCAUCCCAGCCUUGGGUUCACUGAUACUGGACAGCAGGGACCCUCUGUUGCCCCUGAUAUCCAUACAGUAACACUGCAGCUGUCAAAGUCCCAGGUAUGGCUAAGGGUUCUUCUACUGCUCGAUGACUUCUUUGUUAAAUAAAAACCACCAGUCAAUGAAAUGUUUAAGAGGAACUAGAUCUAUUCACAGCUUAUCAGCAUAGCAUUAACAUAUACACUCUGGGCUUAAAUGUCACAAUCUGGUAUUGAGCUUUUCCCCAGAACACACAGUACACUUGACCCAAUGUUUCCCCUUGUCCCCUGUCAGGUGGAGGAUGUUUUACCCCCAGUGUUCUCAGUCACACCUAAAGGAAGCGGGGCUGGCUAUGGUGUAGGCUUCGACUUGGAUGAUCUUCUUAACCAGUCUCUCACAGAGCUGCAACACUGUGACCGGGAUAGGUAUGACGCAAUGCACUGGGUUUUUUAUUUUAUUGUACUACUCUUCCACCAUGUAUCAAAUUACUUCUGUCUGGUUUCACUAUCAACAUUAACAGUCAAAUAUACAAGUGAGAAACGUUUGAGGUGUUAAAACAGAAACAAGUAUUUCCAUGACUUAAUUAUGGGUGUAGACAGUAAUUACGCCCUACAAUCAUGUCUGAACAUAUGGGGAUAGAAAGACUAGCAAAUAACUAACCUCAGAAAGUUGCUAGUAUAUAAUCUAAGUUGGAAAAAGACAGUGUACAGUGGUAUGAUAAAUCAGUGUUGGUUUAACAAAAAACACACACACAAAGAGCAACUAUCUUUUUGUUUGAACCUCAGUGAUUUAACUUUAAGGUCAAAUAUUUACCUCCUUGUCGAAGUGUAAUGAGCUGCACCAUAGAUGGAUUUCCAAGAGUGUCAAAGCAGAAAAACUUUGAGAUGAGCUUUGACUUUAAACUUGAAAUCAGCUGCAUGUAGUAUCAUUUUGCUCUUGUAGUAUGCCCUCCAGACAUGUUUUAAAAGAAAACCACAACCACAAAUCAAAACUUUAAACCAGUUCAAAUCAAUGACAUCAACUCAUUUAUGAAUAUGCAAAAAUUUUAAUUCAACAAUUCAUCUAUCAAACACAAAAGUCUCAACCCCUUCUAAAGUCCUGUAGUUUUUCUGUACCAGUGGGGUGUAGCUUGUUCAUGUGACUAUACCUAGCUGUCAAACCGGAUGAGUUUCGUUCAACCAUGCAUGUAUGUACAUGUCUUUUACUUAUGAUGAGCCAAGAGAAACUUUUCCUUUUUUGUCAGGUGGAUGUAACAGCUAACUCCCACUAUGAAACUCUGCACUUAAAGUACAUGUAGAUUUUUACUCUCUGUAUUUAUCCCUCUUCUUUGUAGUUUUGACUCAGCCCCCCUGUCGGCCUCCCUCCUUUCUGAUUGGAAUGAGGUUCACCGCAUGACUCCAGCUGAUCUGGAAUCACUUCAACAGGAAUUACAGCUCGGCUCUCCCAUGAUUCUCUCUGACACGAUCCCCCCUGACGCCUGACUUAAAGACAAUGCCUCUAAUUUUUAGUACAUGUUACUUUCUUUCUAGCAUAAAUCUUAGAGUGCAGAGUUAUCACAUUAAUUUAAAGGCAAGUUUUUUUUUUUUUUUAAGUUUGCACCAAUAAGCACUGUCUUUUUUUUUACCAUGACAACAAGCUAUGCUUUCUUUGUAAUAAAGAAAACAGAGUCCUCCUUUGUCCAAGCCUCUGGAUAUUAUACAAAUAGUUGAAUGUAUGUUGAUUCUGUGUGGAGUAAGCUAUUUUACAAUGACCUUGAUGAAUGAGCCUCUAAAAUCUGAAUAAAAAGGAAGACAGACUGUGCAUUUCUGUGA